CGGCGUAAAACAACUUCACACCGAGGUCAGCCUUCAAACACGCCACACGAAAUUGUAGAAGCGAUUUUCCAUAUAAACGAGUUGUACUUUUCCGGAUCAAAAAUUACUAGAUUUACAGAAUGAGCCGACAUCGGUUUAACAACGUCCAGGUCAAGGCGCUUCCCGGGGGUCUGAUGGCCCAUCGAGAACCAGAAGCGGAUGGCGGCCAGCCCACUACCCAGAAGAUGCCCAUGUGGCCCAGCGAACGCAUUGCCCCGGGCGGCUCUGGAGCAUUCCACUCCGCCAAGGUUGAGUAUAGCAAAGAGACAGCGGAUCUGAUACGAUUGCUUGUCAAAGAGUCAAAGAUGUCUAUGAUGGUUCGCAAACAGAUCGAUGAGAGCCUGCGUAACGGGGAGCCAUUGCCGCUUCCUGAGCCGCCGCGUCCAAACACCAAAAACGAUGUGGACAGGGAGACACUGGCCAUUUUGGAGCGUGCGCGCAAUGCCAAGCGCAAGAAUCUCCGCCAAAUUGAGGCGAGCGGAGCUUACAAGCUGAGUUAUUACCGUCCGCCUGCCGACAACCGAAUGGCCGGGGAGAAGGCCAAGUCCCAACUUCAGUUCACUAUGGCCGGUACUCAUCUGCCGGACCCGGCCAUCAAGCCGCGACGUCGUCCACGCGAGGAGCAACUAGUGACGGAGGAGGACCUCAUCAAUGAGCUAUUGGACCAAAUCAACGAGCGGGCCGAAUGGCUGACAGAAAUGGAAUCCAUGGGCCAGGGCAAGAAGUAUCGUCCGGAGAUCCGCGAGCAGAUUGCCGAGCGAUUGCGUCGCAUCCAGGCGCUGGAAUCCAAGAUGAAGAUGAAGUCCGAUGGUGGCUUCCGUUUUGUGGACUAAGUGUGUUGUUCUGUUAUUCAAGUUUUACGGGUUCCUUGAGACGAGCAUUAAAAGCCAAGAUUCAUUCGAAUUUUGUGGGAAUUUGUGUUAACACUCGAUUAAUAAAUAGCUUUAUUCAACUUA